AUGCUAACCACACUGUCUGGGUGGUCGAAGGACCAAUUCAAAGUGCUCCUUGAGGUGCAACUUCCCGGCUGGCAGGAGAACAUGCUGGUGUCUCACUUACAAGAAGGCUCAAAUCUACUCAAACUGUUUGCAGCACUGCGCUAUCUAGAUGACCUCCGUCUCAGCAACGUUUCAAUUUCUCAGUUGUCAGACUUGGCGUUACCAGGAAACAAUCUACAGCUCUUCGCUGCUGCAGAUAGCCUCCAAUCUCUGCUGAACACUACCCAAGCGAGCACCUCUGCUGACCAGACCACAUCUUUCGCAAUGGCUAAUGCUGAAGUCCGUGAGAAUCAGAGGACGGCACUGGUAUCUUAUCUACUUCAGCAUAAGCAUAUCAUCAACCUGCAGCUGGAAGAUGCCGACAUACUCUUUGAAUACUUCCUCAUUGAUGGAAGCAUAGACACUCAGGCAAGAAUGUCACGCUUUCAACAUGACAUCUCGGCAGUUCAAUUUUACGUCCAGCGGUGCUUACUAGGCCUUGGGAAAAGCUACGGUGUUAAAAUUUCCGACCUCAAGCAUCUGAGGCGUAAGUGGACUCCGCUGAAGACGUACAAAAUCUGGGAGGCAAAGCGGAAGAUUUCCUUUGAUCCAGAGAACUCCCACGUUAUAACAGAUUAA